AUGGCGGCUAUCUAUGCCGAUGGGAUAUAUGUAGCCGCAGCCACUUUGAUUCGAAAGGAUGUAGUGAUCACUGCCGCGAAUCUAUUUGAGAACGCGCCGCAGGAUACAAUUUCUGUGGAGGCUGGCGACUGGGAUCGACUGAGAACGGUGGAGAAGAAACCGCACCACAGCCGUUCGGUCAGUGACAUCCUGAUCCACGAGCAGCUGGCCCUCAUCUUCUUGGAUGCACCGUUCUUUGGCACGCAUAUUUCUCCCAUCUGCCUGCCUCUUCAGGAGUCCGUUUUUAUCGAGGACUUCUGCCGGACCAUUGGCUGGGGACAACCCGCCCCCAGUUCCUUCUCGGCCAACCAAUCAGACAGCCAAUCGGAUAUCCUGUGGUUCAGGAACUACGCCGUCAUGACCCCCGAGGACUGCCGCGCUGCACUGCCACCAGAAUCGCAUUCAGAUACGAAUGUUCUUUGCGGAGCUGAUGUGUCCAACGAGUUUAGCCCCCACAACCUGGGAGGAGGACUUUUUUGUUACGUCGGGCGAAGCGUCCUGGUCGGAGUCGCAUUAUCGGACAAGGACUGGCAACCAGAUACCCGACCCGCUAUAUUUGUUAAUAUUUCCCCGUAUGUGCCAUGGAUCCAAAAUGAAUUUGCCUUAAGAAACUUUACUCUAUAA